GCAACACACGACAAAACACAAGUAAGACAAACAUAUAGGAUCUGAUUCCCAAAAUGGUCAAUCUUAAGGAAAUCUUGAUCGUGUCGGUGUUGGUGGUCGCUGUGGUAGUUUCCCCUGCAGACGCGGCUCCCGAUAGAUUAGGCAGACCAGGAAGCUGCCCAAAUACAGACAGGGACCUCACCAUCUGCCCCAUCUCAGCCGGUUGUUUCGACGACUACGACUGUGAAUAUGGCUACAAGUGCUGUCCGGAUAACUGCGGAAGGGAGUGCCAUCCAAUUGCUGAUUAGGCUUCCAUGUUCGUGACGUCAUCGCAUCCCGGCUGACUUUGGCUCUUUAAGGUCAUUUUAUUCAUCCGUGCUGAGAAUUGAGAUUCAACAAAGUGUGGCUUCGAAUCUUUUUUUUUAUUGGCUUUGCGCUGGAACUGUGCCUGUGGCAAUCGGUCUUUUAUUUACACCUCAUAUUUGUGCUAUUGUCCAUUUUUAUUAAUGAUAUCUGAAAGAUAGAUUGCAAAAAAAAAAAAAAAAAAA